AUGACCUUUGGCUAUAGGAAUCGUCUCACUGAGAAUGACCUCUGGGAGCUAGCCGAGAGUGAGAAUACAAGGGCUGCAGCCAAAACAUUCCAAGACUCAUGGAGUGUCGAGCUGGUCGGCAAAAGAGCCCCGUCGAUAUGGAAGACUCUCUUCCACGGUUUUGGACGAGCCUAUGUGCAGGCAAUACUCUUCAAGGUGUGGGCUGACAUAUUUUCACUCAUGCAGCCACAGUUAUUGCACUUCUUGAUAUCAUUUGUCCAGUCUCGAGGCAAUCUGACGAAUGGAGUGACCCUUGCGCUGGCCAUGUUUCUGGUCUCUGUCGUCCAGAGCCUCUGUCUCCAUCAGUGCUUCCAGCGACUUUCUUACACCGGGGUCAAAGUGAAAGCGGCGCUUAUUUCCACAAUCUAUGUGAAAUCGCUCAGGUUGUCGAAUGGUGCGCGUGCUUCCAAGUCCACAGGUGGCAUUGUCAAUCUGAUGGCUCAUGCUGGCCGGUCUUCCUUGGUACUCGUCAUGAUUCCUAUUAACAAGACCACUACCGUGGCCAUCAAGGCUCUUCAGAAGCAGCAGAUGAAAAACAAGGACGCGAGAUCCAAGAUUAUCACAGAAGUAGUCCAGAUGAUGAAGAGCAUCAAGCUUCUUGCGUGGGGUCCAGCCUUUAUGGACAAGAUCAGUCACAUUCGUAAUGACAAGGAGCUCGCAACACUUUGCAGGGUGGGCAAACUUCAAGCACUAUCUGGCUUCAUCGGUGCGGCAGCCCCAUUCAUCCUUGCAUGUGCAGCGUUCUCAGCAUACGUCUUAGUCCAGGCCAGCCCGCUGACAACGGAUGUUGUGUUCCCUGCCUUUGCAUUAUUCCAUUUGUUGACGCCCCCCCUGGCUAUCCUUCCCACGGCGAUUUCUUCCGUUACGGAGGCAAGUGUUGCAGUAACUCGGCUAAGCGCCUUUAUUACCGCUGAUGAGGUCCAAGAGAACGCUGCUGUUCACAACGGCACGGACACACAACAGACCAACCCGGCUAUUGAAGAAGUCAACUUCACGGCUCGUGCGGGUGAGCUCUGCUGCGUUGUUGGCCGCAUUGGGAGUGGCAAGUCUGCGUUGAUCCACGCCAUUCUCGGCAGCCUUCACAAAGUAAAAGGUACAGUGGCGGUUCAUGGUUCGGUAGCAUAUAUGACACAAGACACAUGGCUACUGAAUGCCACGAUACGAGACGACAUAACGUUUGGCCAUGAAUGGGACGCUGGGUUCUACGAGAACACUGUGAAGGCGUGUGAAUUAGUCAGCGACUUUGUCCAAUUCCCAAACGGGGACCUGACUGAGGUUGGAGAUCGAGCGGCAGUGGACCAGCACGUCGCCAGACAUCUGGUCGACAAUGUAAUUGGACGCCAUGACCUCCUUCAAGGAAGAACAAGAAUUGUCGUCACGAACUCUGAGGCUGCCCUGGCCGAGUCAGACGCAGUUGUCUUGCUUCAGUCUGGCAGAAUCGCGGAAAGGGGUACCGGCACACAAACCAUGGAGGCGAUGAGAGAUUUCAACGAUGUUGAAGGAAAGUUUGGUACCCUACAUGAUGAAGAUAAAGUCAAUAUGUCUGCCGAUGUGUCAAGCACCGGAAAGCUACAGGUUAUAAGCAAUAUUCAGGGACUGACAACAAUGCGCCAAGUGGCUUCCCAAGAGGCAGAUCCGAGUACAGCUCACCGCGCAGACGAUGAACGUCGCCGAGGUCUUCCAAGAAGACGCAUUGACGUGGAAUCCGAGCCAAUCAUACGCACAGAACGCUCAAAACAAGGCCUUGUGGGAUGGAAGGUGUAUGGUGAUUACGCAAAGUCGAAUGGUCUUGUCUUUGUCUGUCUAUAUGUUGUUGCUCUCAUCGGCUCCCAAGCAGCUGAAAUAGCUGAGUAUCGAGGAUAUUCGGUCAAGUGCCGCUAUUGCUGGAUCGUUUUGCUCCAUAAACCUGAUAUUCGUCGUGACGCGCUAAGUUCUGUCGCUGAUAACCAAACAUGGAGUAAUAUCUGGCUCAAACACUGGAGCGAGACGAACAACGAUAUCGGGGAGAAUCCGCAAGUCGCAAAGUUCAUUGGUGUAUAUGUUGCAUUUGGACGUGGUUCAGCUGUCCUUGUUUUUGUACAGAGUAUGAUACUUUGGUUGGCCUGCUCCAUCAAGGCCUCACGCACCCUCCAUGAGCGGAUGGUGUUUGCAGUUUUUAGAUCUCCCAUGAGCUUCUUUGAGCAGACCCCAGCCGGUCAAAUCCUGAGUCGAUUCACUAGGACUGACAUAUAUCGUAUCGACGAGUCCCUUGCCAGACAGUUCAACGCGUUGUUUGUUAGUGCUGCGAGAGGUUUCUUUAUUCUUGGCGUAAUUGCCUUGGGAAGCCCACUCUUUGUGGUGUUCAUCAUCCCACUCGUGCUUUUAUAUACAUACAUGCAGCGAUAUUACUUGGGAGCCAAGCGAGAACUCAAGCGCUUAGAUAGCACGAGCCGCAGUCCCGUUUUUGCCCACUUUCAAGAGACCCUUGGGGGUGUUGCAACUAUUUGUGCCUACGGAGCACAGGAACGAUUUAUCCGAGAAAAUGAACGUCGAGUCGACGCAAACAUGAAUGCCUAUAUUCCGUCGAUAAAAGCAAAUCGGUGGUUGGGGUUUCGACUAGAAUUUGUUGGGUCUGUCGUAAUUCUACUAGCAGCCGGGUUCGCCGUUGCAGGCGUUGCCUUCAGAUCUGGUCAGUCAGAAGGCAUGGCCGGCUUGACGAUAUCAUACGCUCUACAAAUCACACAGUGCCUCGGCUCGCUAGUCCGAGCCACCGGGGAGGUUGAGACGAACAUAGUAUCUGUAGAGCGUGUCCUCGAAUUCCCUGGCUUACCCAGCGAGGCUCCGGAUGUUCUUGAGAGCCACCGGCCGCCAGGUAGCUGGCCAGCCCAGGGGGCCGUGAAGUUUGUCAAUUAUAGCACUCGCUAUAGACCAGAAUUGGACCCGGUCCUCCGAAACAUCAACCUUGACAAAAGAGCCAAGGAAAAGAUUGGCAUUGUCGGCCGCACUGGGGCUGGCAAAAGCUCGCUAGUACUGUCGCUCUUUCGAAUCGUCGAACCGGCCUUGGGGAGCGUCCACAUUGAUGACCUCAAUGCAUCGAGUGUAGGACUCUUGGGCCUUCGGCGGCGAGUGUCGAUCAUUCCUCAGGACUCUGCUCUGUUUGAAGGAACAAUUCGGGACGAUCUGGACCCAGACAAGGCCCAUGACGAUACUGAGCUUUGGGUCGCUCUUGAACUUGCUCAACUGAAGGGGCACGUUGCCGGAAUGUGUGGUGACCUAGACGCGAAAGUAUACGAAGGGGGUUCAAAUCUUAGUCAAAGCCAGAAGCAGCUGAUAUCAUUAGCCCGCGCACUGCUGAAGCCCUCGACUAUCCUAGUGCUAGACGAAGCAACCGCCGCGGUGGACGUUGGGACGGAUAUGAUUAUCCAGAAGACUCUUCGGGACAAUGAAUCUGGCCAUCGCACCAUCAUUACAGUUGCGCACCGCAUUCAUACUGUCAUCGACUCUGACCGCGUGGUGGUGCUUGAUGACGGCGAGAUUAUUGAAGCUGAUACGCCGGCUGCUUUGAUAGAGCAAAAGGGGGCCUUUUACCAGCUUGGUAGAGAGGCAGGUCUAGCAGAGUAG